AUGGAGCGCGGUAUCGACACAUCGGUCACGAAGAUCGCUGCCUGCGAUCCUUUGGUGAAAGAGGCAUACCAGAUCUUCGAAAGGGCACACAAAGCCGGGGACGAGCUGCCUGACGAAGUCACCUGGGACAGCGUCUUCAAGUCGCACGAGAGCGAAAACACCACCUACUGGUUGUGCAAUGUCUAUGACCAGACGAAGCGGAGUUUCCACCGCGUGUUGACAUACCGCGUCCACACUUCUUCCCUUCACUUCAUCGGACGUGGCACGCAAGGCUUUGUCGGGGUUGAUGUCGAUGAAAAGGCCGUCACGUACAUGAAGCGCAGUUGGCGCAUCGACCCCGAGACUUUCCCCAUCGAGCGCGGCAUCUACGCUAGCCUUGAAUUCGCGACCGAGGGCGACGAGCAAUGCCACAAGCAGACGUGA